UGACAAAUGAUGUUAUGAAACUUCACAAUGAGUUGGCAGAUUUAUAAAAGAAAUUGCUAGUAGCAUAGGACUUUUAUUUUGAUAAUCUCUCGCUCAGCAGUUUUGUUCGGCUGCAGAGUUUCUGCGCUACUUUGACGGAUCUGAAAGGGCAGAAUGAAGCUCAGGGUGAGAAUCAACAAACAGACCCGCCGACUGGAGCUGGACGGACCAGAGCCGACUCUCUCCGAGCUCAGAGUCCGGGUCAGUGAGGAGCUGCUGCCUCAGUGCGGACUGGGAUCUGAUGUGGAGUUCAGUCUGUCUCUGAACGGGACGGAGGUGCUGUUGGACACGGGACAGACUCUUUCCUCCUGUGGGGUUGUUUCUGGAGAUAUGAUCAGUGUGAUUCUGCCCCAGGGCUGUUCUCAGCAAACACAAACUGCCCCAGAAACCCCCAGCAGUUCAGAAAACACACCCGGCUCCAGUCAGGAGGCCGGUGGCGCAGAGAGCAGCAGUGCGAGGGAUUCUGGGAUGGAGGAGUGGAUGGAGGAUGAGGAGGGUGUGGGUGCCGGGCUCUUCGCUCCUUCACCACUGCUGUGCUGUGAGACGGAGGAGGACGGUGUGAUUCCACACGCGCUGGAGAGGCUGCUGGACUCGGCAAGCUGUCAGAAACCAUCAGACUGUCUGAUGCUUGCGGCGCAUCUGCUGCUGCUGGAGACCGGCUUCCUCCCGCAGGGUUCUAAUGUGAACUCAGGCGAGAUGCCGAUUGGCUGGCGGGCGGCAGGGGGCGUGUACAGGCUUCAGUACGCCCACCCACUUCUGGAGAACAGCCUGGUGUCAGUGGUCGCCGUGCCAAUGGGCCAAACGCUUGUCAUUAAUGCUGUUCUUAAGAUGGACAAGGCUAUGGAGAAUUCUCGCAAGCUGGUGCUGAAACCAGAUGAUUAUGUGACGGCUGAUUGGGCAGGUGGCAGCGCAGGCGUCGUCUACAGAGACUUAAGCAAACUGUCUCGUCUCUUUAAAGAUCAGCUGGUGUAUCCGCUUAUGGCCGCUGCCAGACAGGCGCUGGGUCUGCCGGCUCUGUUCGGUCUGGCUGUUCUUCCUCCUGAGCUGCUGUUGCGUGUGUUGCGGCUGCUGGACGUCGUCUCUCUCGUCGCGCUGUCGGCUGUGUGCCGAGACCUGAACGUCGCUACCCAUGAUCCCUCACUCUGGAGACACCUGCUGCACAGAGACUUUAGGGUGCGCUUUCCUGCAGGAAAUCAACACAGAGACACUGACUGGAGAGAGCUUUACAAAAAGAAGCACAAACAGAGGAAGGAGAAUUUACAGAGAAGGCGUUUUUAUCCACAACACAUGCCUCCGAUUUUCCCACUUUCCCCCUUCCCAUCCGGCCCGGCUCCCCUCCCCCUCCCCCUCUACCCUCCCGGCAUCAUCGGUGGAGACUACGACCAAUCGCCCGUUAUCCUGCCUCGCCCACGCUUCGACCCCAUUGGCCCACUCCCGGGUCAUCUCCCAGGAGCGGACGUUCCCAUUGGCCGACGGAGUCUGAGGCCGGGAGGGAAUCGACCAGCAGACAUCAGGAGGGGUUUCAUUUGAGCUUCAACCCACAGACUUAUUUUUUCCAAACAAGUAGAGGAUAAAAUUAUUUUGAUGGCGUUUUUUUUGUUGUUGUUGUUGUUCUUCAUUAAUUAAAGCAUUCCUGGGACGCUUUUGAAAUAGAUUCAUUAAAGGAAUAAUUCACCCAAAAAUGAACUAUUCCUUUACUAAGACAUUAACAUUAAAGAAGCAAGAUGUGUUUGAGUCGCAAAAAAAAUUUCAAUAAAAAGUCUUGACUGCU